AUCAUCUCUGGCGCCUCACCCAUUCCCAAGCGUCAGCACGCAUCCACGAGCAUAAACAGUCCUCUUCAUCAACCGCACGACCUAUCCCAAGCCUAACGGAGCCAGUCUAGUCCAGACGAUGGAGGCACUUCGCCAGGAGCAGCUGAGGCGGCAGCUUCACGCUGAAACCUGCGUGCGAGCUGAGCCGGCUCUGCGGGCCAACUACUACAACCAUAUUCACAAUGCUCCGGAUCGAGCUUCGACUACACACCGCGCGGAGGCGGUUAAUCCAGGCCUGGCCCAGGAUCAGACACGCUUCAUGGGAUAUUACAUGCCGGUCUUGCAAUACCAGCAGCACACCUAUCCGACUGGCUAUACUGGACAAGUCUAUCAGACGGCUACCCAAUCUCAGCAAGUCGAUCAGGGUCACUACGCAGAGCAGGUCUAUCAGGCCCAACCGGUCGAGCACACAAGCCCUGCUCAUCAGUAUGAGCAAUACCAUCAAUCCCAGCAACUGGGUCGCCAGUUUCAGCCCGGUCUCUCAAAAGCCCAGCAACAGCGACCUGCCGGCUGGCAUCCAUCGGCGACUCUGCCAUCACCCCCGGUUGACUUCGAGUAUAUACAGAAUGCACCUACUCAAUGGCCACCCUUGGCGACGCAGUAUGGUCAGCAGGACAACUAUCAACAAGCCUAUCGACAGAGUUACCAGCCUCCUUGCACCUCGCAGCAGGAGAGCUAUCAGCCUGACUACACUCCGCACUCCCCGCAGUUUUCAACAUAUUCGGCACCAGCUGCACAGCCAUCACCAGAAUUCUCUCCGCCAUCGCCCAACUUGAGAACUCUGUCGGCGAACCCGUCACCUAUGGCCAUGCAGCAGGUUGUUCAGCAGAGCUACCUGCCCAGCUACACCCCACGCUCUCCUCAAUUUCCUCAUCAUUAUUCUCACGGCGCGGCUUCUCCAGAAUUCUCUCCACCAUCGCCCAUGAUGAGGGACGGAUCGAUGGACUGGUCGCCUUUGGCACUGAGCCAGCGCAGCACCUCUGUUGAAAGCAACCCGCCUACACCGUGUGGCUUCGCCACGCAACAAAUGCAGCCAGCUGCUCCCGAACCCGCGUUCCAGGUGGUGGACGAGCCGGAAGAAGAGGGAGAGGUCCUGGUCGGGUUGGGUCUCUACGACACUCCCGGCAAAUACGUCGAAGAAACUUCCUACACAUUUCAUGGUUUCUCGGAACUGGGAAUGCCUAUGCUGCCACGAGAGCGCACCAGCCAGCAUUUGAAGCUGGCCGAGGGAUGGACACCCCCAAGCAUCCCCGAUAAUGAGGAAGACGAGGAGGAGGAAGACAACCAAGACGAAGACGGGGAGUAAGGUGGAAUGAGAAAGAAGUCGCCAAGAUGUGACACGACAUGAUGAACUGUUACGACUACUGGAGGAAUUUGGACGGAAUUUCUGAAAAUGAACAAUGGGAACACUGGCGUCAAUGAAUUUGGGUUUUCGGAGUUACGGGUAUCUGGGGGCUUGCAGAUGAAGGGUCUGCCUCUGCUUUCUGUUCUUUGACAAAGCAUGGACGGGCAUACGUGGAAUCAAGGAAAAAAGAUACCCCUGGACAAAGCUUGGGUACGCAUGGGCUAUGGAAACCAAGGCGGUAUUACUGGAAUGAAUAUAGAUAGGAUAGACAGCCAAAGCGCAGUAGAACAGCAGGGUCAAUAGCCUUGGUAGCUCUGAGAU